AUGAGCUGGCUCAGGAGGAUCGAGCUCGUCGAGCCCUACUACAGCCCUCCCCUUCUUCUCCGAGAAACAACCUCCAUUUUCGCUCCGAAAGCUCUACCUUUCCCUUCAUUUUUCGAAGAUGUUGAGGAGGAUUACGAGCUCGGCUACGCUCUGGACUUCUUCAGUCCUCCCAGCCCCAUCAAAACGCCGUCGCUUCUGUCGUACAAGCUGAGUCAGCGAGUUGAGAGGCUCGGAAGUGAGAUCUUGUUGCAGAGCCUGAGCGACCGAGUCAGUGAACUGGAGUCGCGGUUUGAUCGGCUGGCCAAGGUCAAAUCGGGUGGGGAUCGGAAAUACACGUGGACGGCGGUGAUCAAGGGCCCCGAGAAGCACUGCCUUGAACGGAAGUACAAAUGGACGACGGAGAUCAAAGAGGGAAAGCAUAAGAAAAAGGCGGAGAAGGAAGAGGCGACUGACAAGAAGUACAGAUGGACGGCUGAGAUUGAUGGGAAGGGAGAGAUCUCGCGCAAGUACACGUUCACAGCAUCGAAUGGUGAUUAUGCAAGUGACAACAGCGAAACGAAGGAGAAGGAGAAGGAGAAGAAAAAGAAGAAGGAUAAGAAGGAAAAGAAGGAAGGGAGGGACACGCGUCUGGUGGAGAUUGAAGAGCUUGUUGAUCAUGGGGCUGUCGUCCUAAGACAGGCUUUUGCAAAGAGAGCUGGAGCUACUGGAAAGGCUAGGGGUAAGAGGAAGGAGCUGUCUCCCCAAGAUGCAGCAAUGAUGAUACAGAUGACUUUCAGAGCUUAUCUGAUCCGCAGAUCGCAGGCUCUCCGGGCCCUUAGAGAUCUGGCAGUUGCCAAGUCCAAGUUGAAGGAGAUCAGAGCAUUGUUCAAUAACUUCUCCUACCGCCGCCGUGUAGCUCAUGAUGCAGCAGAGCGUCAGAGGUUCACUGAAAGAAUCAUUGUUCUGCUCCUCACUGUUGAUGCCAUUGAGGGCGCUGAUGUAAUGGUGCGAGCUGCGAAGAGGUCGAUGGUGGAUGAGCUGGAAGCAAUGCUCGAUGCGGUUGACCCCCAGCCUGCUGGAAAAUCACUCUCCAUGAGGAGGAGGACCUUUGAUAUGCCAGAUGGGGUCAUUCAGAGGGAAAUUGCUGAAGGUGUGGCGCAGGUUGUCCAAAUGCUGGAGCGUGAUGAGAACAGUUCUAAUACCUUCGAGGCAUGCUUGUAA